AUGCCCACCAGAUCCUCCUUCCUCCUCUCCAUCUCCCGCAAGUCUUCCACAAAACCCGCAGCCGCCCGCUCCCUCUCCACCACUACCCCGCUCCGGAUCCAAGCACCCGCCCUGAGGCCCCGCUUGCCCACCUCCACUCGCACAAUCCGCCCGCAAAUUACAACCAACACAUAUCGCAACAUGUCCAACUGGCCCAAAGUCACCGCUGAGAAUCCUCUUGGUCUCGACGAUGCCUCUCUCUUCAUCCAGAAGGGAAUCAUUGGAGGUCAAUUUGCCGAGACCUCCUCUGGGAAGACGUUUGAAGUCUUCAACCCCGCUACUGGCAAGGUCAUCGGCACCUGUCCAGAGAUGAACGUCCAAGACACUCGCCGUGCGAUCGAGGCCGCCGAGGAGGCCUUCAAGACCUUCCGUACCACCUCUCCCGCCCAGCGAUCGGCUUGGCUCUCCGAGUUUUCCAAGCUCUACCAAGCUGCUCUCAAGGACAUUGCCCGCCUCAUCGUUUGGGAGAAUGGCAAGUCCUGGACUGACGCUAUGGCCGAGGCCACCUAUGCCGGGACUUACAUAUCUUGGUACGCCGGUGAGGCGCUCAGGACUACAGGUGAAACUAUUCCCUGCUCGGUCCCUGGUACUCGAAACUUUGCCAUAAAGCAGCCUAUCGGUGUCGUGGCCCUGCUUUGUCCCUGGAAUUUCCCUGCGGCCAUGAUCGCCAGAAAGUUGGGUCCUGCUUUGGCUGUCGGGUGUACCUCGGUCAUCAAGACUCCUUCCGAGACCCCUUUCACCACUCUUGCCAUUGUUGAGCUUGCCAAGCGAGCUGGUAUUCCCGACGGUGUCAUCAACGUUAUCACCACCGAAGCCAACCUCCAGGACGUUGGCAAAGAGCUUUGUACCAACCCCAUCGUCCAUAAGGUCUCUUUCACUGGCUCUACCCGAAUCGGCAAGCUUAUCGCCUCCCAAUGCUCUUCCACCCUCAAGAAGAUGUCUUUGGAGCUCGGGGGUAACGCCCCCCUCAUUGUCUUUGAGGAUGCUGAUAUCCCCACUGCUAUCGCCGGUACUAUUGCCUCCAAGUUCCGAGGCUCAGGCCAGACCUGUGUCUGUGCGAACAGAAUCUACGUGCACGAGGAUAUCUACGAUGACUUUGCAGCCAAGUUGGCUGAGAAGGUGGGCGAAUUCAAGGUUGGCCCUGGGUUUGAUGAGGGUGUCACGCACGGCCCUCUGAUCCACUCUAGACAGGCUGACAAGGUUGAUGAGCACGUGCAAGAUGCUGUUUCAAAGGGUGCCAAGAUUCUCGUUGGUGGGAAGCGAGGUAAUGGUACCGAGUACAUCCCCACCGUCCUCACCGGUUUGACCGACGAAUGCCUCAUUGCCACUGAGGAGACGUUCGGUCCCGUCGCCGCCCUCUUCAAAUUCUCCUCUGAAGACGAAGUCAUCGCUCGCGCCAACGCCUCCGAAGUCGGCCUCGCUGGCUACUUCUUCUCUCGAGACUCUGACCGGAUCUGGAGGGUGGCUGAGGCACUCGAGACUGGUAUGGUGGGUGCCAACACGGGCAUGAUCUCUCAGGCUGUCGUGCCUUUCGGUGGCAUCAAAGAGUCUGGUUACGGUAAGGAGGGAGGCAGACAGGGUACCGACGAGUACACCAUCACUAAGCUUGUGGCUGUUGGAACUUCUCUUCACAACAUGCCCAAGUGA